AGAGGACGAGAAGUAGACCGCCGAUCUGGAUCGCUAAAGGGAAGCGGUAGGAGGAGAACUGGUAACUAAAAGAAAAGUUAAAAAUAAAUUGCUAAAGGAGUUCAAAUAAACCUAUAAAGUAUUGAGAUAAAAGACAAAAAUGAAAACUGAAUAAAUAAAACAAAAAGAAAUAAAAGUGCAUUGUUAUGCUGAAAAUGUAAUCGUGCAGUGCUCCAGGAGCUCAGGAAACAGUGUUCAAACUGACUAUGUAGGUCUGUGUUCUACAUUAUUCCAGUAUAGGCGCGACUCUAAGUGUAAACGGAGUUAAAUGACAGCUUUCACAUCCGUGUGAGAAAACGUGCUACGCCUCCACGGAUAAGACUCACGCGAGAGCAAGACGUGUGAUUAAAUGAAACUCGGAGCCCGUAAAGCGGAGUCUCUUCAGACGAAGCGUACACAUGGCACACAUGAUUAACGUUCCUCGAAUACAGGCAAAGGUAUAAAGGCUCCCCUGCGCUUCAUACGGCAGCUUCUCCUCGGGUGGUGACGCGCAUCAACCCAAACAUCGGUAGCAGCAAAGAGCCAACAACUGUUCACCAGGAAACGGCCACAGCUGGUUGGAGAUGACUGUCAUUUACAUCGCCACGCUUUUCUUUCUCUCAGCGCUGAGCCCGCAGUUCCCGAGUCUGAUGCACUCUGGACGGGACACGCGCAGUUUGCUGGAGCUCGCAGGAGUCAUCAAGUGCAGCACGGGCAGAUCAGCGGUGGCUUACGUGAUGUACGGAUGCUACUGCGGGAUCGGGGGACAAGGCUGGCCGCGAGACAAAGCGGACUGGUGUUGUCACAAGCAUGACUGUUGCUAUUCAAGGGCAGAGAAUCGAGGCUGUCAUGCCAAAACAGAUAAAUAUUCCUGGAGCUGCAGCAGCCCGACACUAGACUGCGGAUCUCUGACUGACCACUGUGAGAAGAGGCUGUGUGUGUGUGACAGUGAAGCUGCACGCUGCCUGAAGAGGGCUCCGUACACCCUUAAAUACGCCAUGUGGCCUGACUUCCUGUGUGGGGCUGAACACCCCACCUGUGCCUACUACUGACUGACUGACACACACACACACACACCCACACCCUCACCCUCUGUGGGGCUGAACACCUGUGCCCACUCCUGACAGACAGCCCAAUCUUUGGGCAUUGUUUAUGCCCCCCACUCAUACUUCUGCCACCCCCACCACCCUCUUGAAAAAAAUAAAAUAUUUCUGCUUGUA